AUGUCUAAAAGUAAAAAGUCUGGUUCAUUGCCUCCUGUCCAGCCCUCAACUUCUGGGAAAGAAGCUAUGGACUUGAAGGCCACCAACCAAAAGGAGAUAGCGGUCUCUGCAGUGGAUGAGAAAUCCAGCGCGUUGGUCUGCUCCCAGCAAACCCAGCUGCAGUGUGAUUUCAUCCCGGAGGAAAUUAUUCUGUCUCUGACCAAUGCAGCCUAUGCCGGCGGUUGCCCUGAACCCUUACUACCUCCCAAGAAAGUCAAAACUAUCAAAGAAACGAAGCCCGGCAUGCGCUCGACGAACGGUGUUUGGCAUCACCCAGGACGGCGGAACAAGUUCCGAUACCUGACGGAUCACCCCAUCUCGUUCACGGGAGCUGGAAGGGAUGUUUCUUUUUUGUAUGAUGUUAAGGCUGAAAAACUAGAGGACUCAUGGCUUCCACAGCUGGUAAAAAAGUUUACCGCCAUUCAAGGAAAGCCACAUGAGGGUUUGUCUAUCCCCCAGACGGCACCAAAAAAGUUAAUGGAUACCCUGAUCCCUGAAGAAUUUCACAUUGUGUCCAACACAGGAGUUGAAGGUCUACAAUAUUAUGAUGAUAAAUAUACAACUUUGCUGACCGACAGUCAGAAUAGGCUGUUACUUUUCCCAUCCAUGAAACCAAAUAAGAGAAUUGAAGUGAUACAGCUGAAGAAUGUAAUGGAUAUGAUGCUAGAGAAGGCUGGUGUAGAUGCUGAAAAAUCAGUAAAUGCAACUCAGAUGCACAGACUUCUUGAAGUGCUGAAGACUGAGCAGAACAUUUAUAAUACGGCAUUUCAUGAAAUCAUUCGACAAAUCAGUGUGGAGUGUUCAGACAGAGGAGAACUCUUGUCAAAUAUAAGACAGAGGUAUGUGAAUUUGCUUGACCAAAUAGCUCGCCAGAUGAUUGAUUUUUACAAAGACAUGGUGGCCCAACGCGUAAUGGACAAGCGCAUCAUAGAAGAAUUGUUUAACUUCAAGAAAGUUGUUGAAGAGCUGAGCAGAGAGCUAUUUCUAGUUCGAGAAUAUGAUUUAAAGUUGAGGAAAAAAGCAGAGAAGAUCCAUGAGGAGUUGAUGAUGGCUCUUAGUAAUGCAGAGAAGAAUGCCAGAAUUGUGGAGCAAUAUCAUGACUUAUAUACAUCACAAAGAGUAAGGAUGGAAGCUGACCUCAAGCAGCUAACUUCUGAAAGAGACAUCUGGAGCACAGCCACCUAUGACUUGGCCCUAAAGGUCAUUAAAAAAAACAACCUCAUACUGACCAGAAGACUUUAUCUUAAUGAAAAGGCUUGGAAUAAAUAUGUCACGCAUUUCAUUGUAAUGUUGGCAUCCCAGGAUGCAAUAGACCUUUCGCAAUUGCAGAAGGCUACACAUCAAUGGAGAAGUAUUUUUAGACGCUUCAAAUAUGAUAUGGAGCUAACUGAAGAUAACAUCAAAGAGAGGGUGAAUUUUGUGAAGAGCACCCUCAUCAAAUUGCGGACGUUCUUGGACAAAAAUGUUGUGGAUGGUAUCUUAGGUCCCAUCAAGGAAACCACCAUGAAGACAGUAUGUGCAGACUUCAAGAAAUGUAACCAAAUAUUGAUUGAAGAUGCUGACUAUUAUGGUGGAGAUAAACUAGUUGAAAAGGUGGAGACCCUCAAACUUGCUUAUCACCUACAAGGAGCCUGGACAGAGUAUGGGAAAGCAAUAUUGAAUCGUCAUAAAACUAUAGAUGCAGACUUACCCUCACAACAAGGUUUCAUGGAAGAAAUUAAUGAGAAGGCUGCAAGACUGUGUAGAGAAUAUGAAUUAAGGGUGAAUGGAGGAGAAAAUGGUUAUAACAAGUUUUUUCUAAGCUUAAAUUCUGCUUUUGAAAUGUGGAUAUUCAAGAUGGAAAGCAACCACCCAAUUUCUGCAAUGACUCCGGGGGACUGGAGGGCACUUUAUGCAAGAAUUCCUGAAUUCCUCAAUUUACUGGAUGGGAUGUUAGGUGUUAUUGGUGUUAUCCCAUUGACUGAAGAGCAGAUAAAGAGUAAUUAUGUGCCGGUAGUCCAAACUAAUGUGUUUCAUAUGAUGCAACAAUGGAUUUUGACUAUGUCUAAUGGGACUGACAAGGACAACAGUGGGCUUCAUCACCAAGUGAAUGAACUCCAUAUAGCCAUGAUUAAAUGGAUGGUAAAUAUGCUUAUUAUACUGAUACCUGACUAUACUGAUGAGAAUUCUCUCCCAAAGACCGAACUAGAUGCCAGUGAGGAGGAAGUUCGUCUUCAUACAGGCAUUGCUAUGUUGGAAAUAGAAGGCACGUCACUGGCAAAAAUGUUGAGCCGAUUCUCUAUCUAUUUAUUCAGUUGUUGCAAAAGCACGGUGGCAACAAUGGCUAUGAAGAAAACAAGUGUCUUCAGUCAAAAUGCUGAUAAGGAUAUUGAGGAUCUGACAAAGAUUAAGAAAGAAUGCAUCAAUUGGGUUACUACGUGUAAUCUACUCCUUUCUGAGAUGAAAGGAAGAAAAGUCUCUUUGUUGACAAGUGAAGAUACAAAAAACCUGAAUGAGUAUGAGCUAGACGUGGACGACAAGAACUACAACAUGAGUGGAUGGGAGAAGACUUUUGGACAGAUGGCAGACAAACAGCUGGAAAAGAUACUUGAGACAGAGGAGUCUCCAAAAGAAGGCUCAGAAGAGGAGGCUGAGGUUUCUCCAACUCCAAAGACAAUUCUUAUUCGAUAUCUUGGAACAGAUCAAAACAUCCAUUCCAGACCUCUAGAACUAGAACAACUGUCACCUACAGAGGAAGAAGUGAAUACCCUUGCUAAAUUCGCCUCCCAUGAAAAGGAAAGACUUGAAUCCCUGGCAGUAAUUGAACAUUUGAAAGAGAAACUCCUGAAUACGGAAGUUCGUGUCCAGCUCGCAGAAGAGAAAUAUGAAGAAACAAAUGAGAGGCUGAAUGAAGCACUUAUGAAAAACCAUGAUCUAGAGAGAGAGCUGGAGAAAGCCCAGGAACGUUUAAGGCUUGCCUAUACUAGGGGACUAAGCAAAGAUGAGGACGAGGAUGAGGAUGAUGACAAAAAGGCAGAACCCUCUGGAAGCAAAGAGCGUAAGGAUGAUUCAGAGAGUAAAGGCAAGGGCCACCAGGCUCACGGUAAAUCUGCCAAAUCAUACUCCAAAUCCAAACACUAG